GUGCACAGGAACACGAACUGUCUUCUGGCACAAUGGACAGAGAAGAGCUCUCCUUUGAGACCUGGAGGCCGCAUCUCGUCUACAACAACGACACUGACGCAAAUGAUCUCAGUUACGAGAAGUCGCAGGCGUAUCUCUUUGACAAGUUGACCCGUCUGCAUCUGGCACUGCAGCCGAUCAACGCAGCGUACAGGCCGGAGCUGGCAGACGACUUGGUGUUUGCGUUUGACCAGAUCAACGCGUUGCUGGACUACCUGGUGCACACGUACGAAAAGUCGAAGCACAUCAAGCUGUUAUCGGUGAACAUCAACAACCUCAUUGCAAAGACUAUCACCUUUGAUUUGAGCGUCAUGAUGAAGAACGGGCACGAAAAAUUCAACAUCUUGCUUAUCGAGCUGGUGAACAAGCUCAGCGACCUCUUUCUGGCCAACCUGAAGAAAAUAUCCAUGUCGAAAAACUGGUUCUCCUCGCUAAAGCACUUGGCAGUGAUUGUCCUGCACUACGUCUUCACCAAGUUCAACGGCUUCUUAAACAACGCGAAAAAUCCGCUUCUCACGGCGUUGUACAAGCACCUCAGCAAGGCCAAUGACUCCUACAACUCCUCCAUAGAGAGCGGUGUCUUCAAAUCUAACUUCUUCUCGGAUAUGAUUCAUUUGGUCGAUAUCAUUUUGACCCACGAUAACAGCAACUUGAUCUUGGAUGAGAAGCUGUUCAACAGACUGCUCAAGUUGUUUAAGUUUGUGACGAAACAGAACGCUUCUUCUUCCUCGUCAUUGUCCUCUUCUUCCUCCUCCGUGCCGUCCACAUCCGUGCCUGCGUCUUCUAACACUUCGUUGUAUACCUACCCGUUAGUCUCAAUCCUUCAUUCAUUCUCCAUCUUAGUGUCACUUCUUAAGUCGGACAGGUACAUCUCCAGUUUGAGCUCAAGCAAGAAAUCGGCAAUUACUUCUACCAAAUACAUGUCCUCCAUCAAAGAGCAUACAUCUGUGAUGUUCAAGGCAAUGGACACCGAUCACAAGAAAUUAAAACUUUGCUUAACUAAGAACCUGUCCGACUUGUUGGUCUUUACGUUUGUGGUAUUUGGUGCCAACAUAAAAGAUAUCGAUUUUGCAUUGGAUUCCUGCAUAACUUUUCUUCUUGCCGAGUAUAGGAAAUCCUCCACCACUUCAAAUGUCAAAUCCUCUUUGAUAGAAACACUCAUUCAGUUUAUUUCUAAACUAAAUCUCUAUUAUCAAACGAGUCGGGUGAAAAUUUCCAGAAAGGAAAGUCAUGCCAACUUUGUCUCGUACAAGUUUUUUGACAUCAUGAAUAUUAUCUACUCGAACUUAUUUGAAUUUCCUACGUUGGAUCCUUCAAAGAAAAGAAAACUAACGAAGGAAGAACAGUCAGAACAUUACAUUCUCAUAAAUAAUACAAUUGCUAUGAACUUUGCUAUCAAGACAUUGAACCAUCUAGAUUUGAUUCACAAAUUCAUGAUUGAUGAGUUGGACAACGAUAUCAAUAAACUCAUAGUUUUAUCAAAGAUAAUUUUGGGCAAUUCUUCGACAGAGGAUAAGAUUCGUGUACAAUGUUUAUCCCAGGUUGUAGAUGGCGAUAAUAUUCUCAACGUGUGGUACGCAGCAAACUUACUGAAAUUUGCUCAAAUACUAAUCGAAGACUUGAACGAAUUCAUUCUAUCCGAUCAUGGUAAUCUUUCAACAUCUAAUAUCAACAGCGAUAUUGCAUCUCAAUUAAUAAACAAAAUUAGCAGUCUAUGUGUGAAUAAGAACUUCAGGGUGCGUGUCAUUUCUGUUGAAACUUUGGUUAAAUUAUUGAGAGUCAAACCGGAUAUGAGUUUCGGUAUAAUGAACGAAUCUCUAAAAAAGCUCACUUCUGCAUUUGACAUAAGCGGAAAGUCUGUAAAUGAAGAGUAUAAAGGGUCUUUCAAUGAUAAUUACUCCAAUUCCUAUCUAAUUGUCUCUAUUUUAUCAUUCUCAUCGAAAGACUACAUCACUUCUGAUUUUGUCUUGAAGGUAUUUACUCUCUCCUUGGAGUUUUUGAAAAAGUUCAAUACUUCGGUUGUUUCGACCAACCUGCUUGGUUCGAGUUCCGGAGUUACUAUUUCAAACUUGAACUACGAAAAACAAUUAGUUUCUUGGAUUUUAUUGCUCGGAUUAUUCAACUAUGCUUCCAACGAUGAAAACACAAAAUCAAAUAAUUUGUUUCUACAAGACCCAACCCAGUUUUUGACUAUAUGGAAAAACUUACUAGCUCAUACUAUUCCUAAGGGAUUCAUACAGAUUGACCAAAAAACAAAGGGAAUCACGAAUAUAAGUGAGAUUAUGAAAAUCAUUGAAAUCAAGAAUCAAUCACUGGUUUGUCUUAUUGCAUAUAUAAGUUACAUGAAUUCGAGUGGUGGAUUACAGAAUGAUGACUUAAUUAGGCAGUUGAACCAAAUACUCAUCAAAAGCUACACUUUCAUUUCCACUUUCACCUCCGAACUAUCUGGCAUGAAUGUCCCACAAUUCUUAGACAACUCCCUGUGUGGUAACAAAUUGAGGAUCUUCGAAGCUUACUUAAAGUUGCUUCCACACUUGAACAUAAAAAAUGAAAUAAACUCGACUCUUCUUCUAGAUAUUGUCAAAAAAUUUUGUGAUAUUGAGAAAUUUAGAUAUCAGUUUAAAGACCCAUUUGGAAAAUUUAUCAAGACAUCCAAAAAGAGAAUACACGUCAACUCUAUUUCUGAGUAUUCGAUUUAUUACAUUGACGAUGGAGUUUGGUAUGGGCUUACAAGUAAAUUCAAUAAUUUCAAGAUCGAUGAGUUGAUGAUUAAGGAUAAAACAUACAAGGUGGUCAAUAACAGAAGUGAGUCGGAUAUUGAUCUAGUUCCUUUUCACACUCAAUUUUUAGUCGAGUCACCUCACAUACAAAGUAAUUUAUCAAAUAUUUUGGUUUUUGAUGAUACUGCUGAAUCCAGGAAUUUUAAUUUUUUGAAUCAUUCUUUAUUACACGAUGCUUUCAUGCUACUAUAUAAUAAUUCAUAUGAUGUUGGCUACACGGAUACCAUGAAAUAUCCUGUUCCGACAGAUACUAUGACUAUUGAUACCUCCAUUGAGUUGUUUGCAAUAUCAUUUCCUCACCUUUCUUCAAAAAUCCAGCUAUCUGUUUUGGAAUCAAUAAGAAGUUUUGUCUUUUAUAAAAUGAAGGAAAGUAGGUCAAUAGAGUCUACAAAUUUUGAUGAAUCAGAGGAAGGUAGUAUCAAACUUGAGUUUUCAUUAAUGUUGAGAAAAAAAGCCAUAUCAAUAAAUACAUCAAUUGCUUUCCACAGUCUUCUAAACUACAUGUUAAGGUUUAAUACAAACAUGAGUAAAAAGUUGAGCCUCAAAAAAGAGGUUGCCAAUUUGAUUAUUGAGACCUUAAAGAAUAUCAAUUUUGAAGAUAUUUAUCUAGUCAACUUGAAUUCAGAAAGUAUUGGUAUUUGCUGCUCGUUAAUCGAUGAUAGUUCUGUUCAAGAGGAGAUGUUGAAUAAUCAAGUUUCUAUCAUCAUUAACUCUAUUGCCGAAAGCUCAAAUCCAAAUGUUAGAGCUUUUAACAUCAAAACGUUGUCACAGCUAACCAAAUUUUCCAGCAUGAUAAACACAAGUAGUAUAACUAAAACGAUUUUUACUUUACUGCUUGACCCUCAUCCUAUUGUUCACGCUGCCUCUUUGCAAUCUCUUGAUACAUUUCUAAGUGGGAAAUCUAAUUUGGAAAUAUCGAGUAAUUUGACUCAUGUUAUCAUCGACUAUCUGGAAAAAAUUUGGCUGAAUGAUAAUUUUGGUAUCAGAUCAGCUACUACCAUUUCCUCAAAUAUCAAUUUCAGAGAACACUCAAACUCAGUUAAUAUGAUGGUUAAAUUAGUAAGGUCGCUUAUCAAUACUGCCGGACCAACGAUAAGAUUAUGGAGUGACGAGUUGAAAUCAAAACUUUCUAACAUUUUGUUCAAUUUUCAGUUUCUGGUUACUUUCGAUUACGAAAUAGUUGUCAGGGAGCUACUAAAAAUUUAUGAAGAGUUGCUUGUUUUUGACAAAACUAUCAUAAAUAUGAGCAACUACAAAAUGUUAACAAAGUUACUCAUUAUAAAUAAUUUCAAAAUUGGAGUAUAUGGACACUCAUUGAGUAACAUCCCAUUCGACGAUGAGUAUGAUAACGAAAACACACAUGAAUGUUUUCCAUGUACCACUAGUUCUAAACUUUUGAACAUCUCUCUAGAAUCUGCAUUUCAAUUAUUCAAGUUGGAAGACGAAGGCAUAAUUGAUGAUGAUUUUGAAAAUCUAUUAUGGAUUGCAUUGGAGAUAGAUCCUGGCAACGAAUCUAUUCAAAACAUUGUCACGAUUUUGCUUGAGGAUUCUAUGAAAAAGUCGAGUGAAGAAAAGUUUGGAUGGUUCAACAAGCUUCUUAAUUAUUUCAAUAUCUCUAAAGCAGCGCUGUUAAGCCCAUUGAUGAAGACUUUUGUCAAAAGGAUAAACAAUGGUGGUAUGUAUUUUCAUAUUCCAAUUAGUGAGACAAAAGCCACUUCUUCCAAAAAAAAUAGCAAUAACAAUAAUAAGGAGACUGUCAGCAACAAGAUUUCAAAUAAUGCUGAAGAUAUGGAUGCUGAGCUAGCUGAAGCUGAGGAAACACUUACUUCCGAACAGCCUAAGCGCAGUUCUGAAUUUUCAAAUAGUCGUGAAAAUGAAGAAGAAGAUGAUGAUGAUGAUGAUGAUUACAAUGGUAAUAAACUGAAGAUAGGAGCUAAUGAAGAUGAUAUGAUUAAUAUAUUGGAUUUAUCAAAUGAACAGGUGAACUGGAAGUUCAAGUUAUUCAUCAUUGAAUUAUUGAACAAACUUCUCUCAUUUUGUAAAACGGACCAAAAGCUGAAAUUGAGUUUGUCUAAAAAAAUACCAGAGUUUGUGAGAAUUUCAUUCAUCUCUUCUAGCUCUAAUUUGAUUACACUAAGAAUAUCGUCGUUGAAAUUAUUAGGUGAAAUUAUUGAGCUUUAUUCUGACAUGUCCGAUCCUCUUUAUCCAGAUGUUUCAAUCCUCGAUCAACAGCAAGCCCAAAUUAUGAGUACCAUCACUCCAUCAUUUAAUAAAGGCUCAACCGUCGAGCUUGCAGGUGAAGGUAUAGUUUUGUCUUCAAAGUUUAUCAGCAGCAAUAUAACAGAUAUUAGAAAAGUUGGGCGGAUUAUCAAGAUAUUAACAACUAGCUUGGAGAAUUUGGCAAUCACAGCAAAAGGAAGUCCUGGAUCUAAUGAAAAAGAAAACACUUUCACCAAAAUUGGUGACUUGCUUAUCUUGACAAAGAGAUCUGAAAAUAAAAUUAAAAUUUAUGUUCUUCAAGCAUGGGCUAGAAUGAUGAUUUUAAACGAAUCCAACGAUAAUUCAAAUGCCGAGUUGAACACCUUAGUUCAAAACUAUGCUAAGGUUCUUAUUCCAUUAUGGGUCCACACAAUCAGGGAGUAUGCUAUGCUCAAGUACGGUACUCUUAAAGACCUUAAUUUUGACGAAUCUAACGAAGGGUUGGAUUUAGGAAUCUAUGAAGGAUGUUGGGUUGACCUUGUCGAAGCAAUUGGUAUCGUAAUCGAUGACAAGAACCACUACAGCUAUUUGGUUAAUAUUUUAGGUGAUGACAUUGGAAAGCUAUUCAUGGUAAUUUUCAGCUUAUGCUUAGAGUAUAUUACAAAGAGAUCCAACAAGAUGAAGCUGAAUUACUCUCCAGAUGACAUGAGGAUCCUGAAAUCGCUAAGAAAAUUAAUGAAAUUAGAAUUGUCCAUCAAGAUAUUGUUCAAUGACUACAUUUUUGCUGAAUUUGUCGAUAUAAUUAACAAGCUUAUUUUAGUUUCAACAGAGAGCUCUACAGUUGAUCUGUUGAGCACGAUAGACGAGUUGUUGAAAGACAUAUUUUUAUUAUAUUUCAAUGAUCUCAGGCUCAGUCAAACGGAUGAAAAUAAGCAGGAGAAGUCGCCUGAAGAAAUUUACUCAGACUUUGACAAAUUAUUUGAACUCUUGAGGCUUGUUAUCAAAAUUGUCACCUCGAAAUUGGCAUUCAUCAAAUACAAAGAGAUCAGUCAUAACACUUGUAUUAACCUGGAUGGUGCAGAUUUGGUUUUGAUUAAAAAGUGUUUCACAUCCUUUAUUGAGAUGAUAAACAAAUUACCGCCGCCGAUUCAAAAAGACCUUUACUCGAAUCUAGUAUACAUGCAAGUUUUGAUCCAUGAACUAAACGAUGCAAAGUUGUUAACAAUUCUAUUACCAGUUUUCCAGAAAAGUUUAGCCAAUUACAAAAACUUGAUGAAUGAUGACGAUACAGAUGAUAAUAAGAAUUUGAGAAAUCUGUUCAAAAUCUUUAAAAUUCAAGAUAGCUCAAAAGAAAACCAACUCUUGACUUUCAUUAUACUAAAAACCAUUCCGGAUAUUCACCUUGGUGAAAGUGAUAUUGAAAUAAUUAAUACGAUGAUAGUUUCAGGGUUAUCGUCAAAAGAUUCUAAUUUGAUAUCACUAUCUGUUCAAACAGUUAAGUCGAUAAUUGAACACAUUGAAUACACCGAAUCCUCUAGCUCUGCGAAUUCCAAAAGGAUACUCAUGAAAUUGAUACCACUGCUGAUAGAUACGAUGUCCAAAGAUGACGUAGAAUUGACUGAGCCAAGAUUAUUCAUUGAGAUUUUUGUAAUUUUUAUUAGAAAAAUCCAUAAUUUUGAUUCUGGGGUUGCUGCGGAAUCAACAAAGCUAGACUCAAGUUAUCAGCUAGUAUUACCUAUAUUAGUUUUUUUCAACUCAAGAUUCGGGUAUGAGAGCUAUAUCCAUGACAAACUUUUAGAAUUGGUUGAAAUUGAUCCAGCUGUUUUUAAAAAAACAAUUAAAAAUUCUAACGAUAGUUUAAAAUCAGCUAUCCAGAGGUUGGUAAAUGUGAACCAUGUUGAAGGAGAGAGCGAGUCGGGUGAAAUUCCGAACAAUGCAUCUACCUCUAAGGAGGCGCAUAUUGAGUUGAAAACUUUUGGCUGAUACUACUAAAAGUUGUGUAAACUGUUUACCUGUUAUACCUGAUUUAAUUAAUUAUUCAUAUUUAUUUACUUGCAAAGUGAUUAUUAUUUAGUCCAGUUGAUUCAUAAGCAAGAAUCACCUCCUUCUGGCAACGCAGAAAUUGUUCAUUUUGACUUCACC